UCGCCCUAAAGUAUGCUGUCAAAAUUGACAGUACUGUACUGUUAUUCCGUGUUUUUCCAACUCUUUCAGUAGCGAUCUUAGUUUGAAAGUCCAGACCGGAAGUGUUCCGUCGCCACUCCCGCGAACUUGACGGCGUGCAGUGUAGACGUCCCGGCAGCGAGCACAUGCAAAGAUCCGGGAGCGGUUCACACUGAUCUCCCUUUGGAGGUGGAGGACGACGCGGGACGGAGGGAGCAGACCCAGCAAAGAUGGCAUCAGCCAGAGAUUCAGGAGCAGGCCUGGAGGAGAGAGACGCAGCCGACCAGAAUUUCGACUACAUGUUCAAGGUGCUGAUUAUCGGCAACAGCAGUGUGGGCAAGACGUCCUUCUUGUUCCGCUACACGGACGACUCCUUCACGUCUGCGUUUGUCAGCACAGUGGGCAUCGACUUUAAAGUCAAGACAAUCUACAGGAACGACAAGCGCAUCAAGCUACAGAUCUGGGACACAGCGGGCCAGGAGCGUUACCGGACCAUCACCACAGCUUACUACAGAGGAGCCAUGGGCUUCCUCCUCAUAUAUGACAUCACAAGCCAGGACUCCUUCGUCGCCGUGCAAGACUGGGGAACCCAGAUCAAGACGUACUCGUGGGACAACGCCCAGGUGGUGCUGGUGGGCAACAAGUUGGACAUGGAGGAAGACAGACAGGUCCCCACUGAAGAUGCGCAGAGACUCGCCAAGGAGCUAGGCUUCCAAUUUUUCGAGGCCAGCGCUAAAGACAAUGUCAACGUGAAGCAGGUUUUCGACAAGUUGGUGGAUGUCAUCUGCGAGAAUUUGAGCGAGAACGUCAACAGCGAUGCUUCUCCCUCGGCCAAUCACAAGGGAGCUGGUCUGAAGGACACGCCCCGCAGCAUCCCGGGAGGCUGUGCAUGCUGAUA